AUGGGACGAGAAACUAAAGCCAUAUUAUUCAUUGUUUUCUUCGUAAAAUUAGCACGUACUAACAACCAGGAAGAAACGCAACAGACAAAACCAGAUCCUUACUUUCAAGAAUGGAGAGAAAAUGCGUGGCAAAGACCAAGUCGGUGUCAUGGUAAGUUAGGAAACAAUUAUGAAUAUUCAACUAAUGUGUUGGACACAUGACGUCGAGAAAAUUUAUUUGGGUUUUGACUUUCAAAUAUAUUAAAAAAAUUUUCUUUCAGUGCAUGAGGAUAUUCUUACCUUAUCAAAUAUCCGUGAACGUCAGCGUCUGAUAAAAACUGAUUAUUAUUAUUAUUAAGCACAAAAACUUUAGUCGUAAACGUCUUUAACUAUUAUAGUUUACUUAAACUGAAACCAUUUUGUUUUAUUUCAGUAUGUCGACUUCUGGUCACAGAGCUGUACGAUUCAUUUAACCGAACUAAUAAAAAAGACAUUCUUCACACAGGAUAUGAACUUGAUGACCGAGAUGAGAAGAAAACGAUAGUUUAUGAUAAAUCGUAAGUAUAUAAAUCUGGUGGAAAAUAAUUUUGCACCUGUCUCGUUUCGUAAUUGUGUACGCGUCAUUGGUUAAUUGAAAUAAAUUUGAUAUGGAACGAGGAACCAUUGAAUUUCUGACUUUAAACACUAGUGUAGCAAGUUGCAGGUUCCUACGAGUCUCCGGGUUAUUAAAUUUAGGUGCUGUAGAAGAACACAGGAGCGGGCAACAUAUAUACACACUUAGUGUUAAUGCACGCAGCUCUGUUUUGUAAACGCUGCAGUUUAUCAGAAAGUGUGGAGCCGAUGCCGCCCCAUACUUCAUGUGAAAGUAAGUGUCAAAGUAAGGUUGCACUAAUAUAUAAGCAGUUAUAGUAACUGAGUUUCAAUUAUUUAACUUUUUUAGUAUAUUCAAACCUCUGUUUACUUUACUAGUUGUUAUUGCGUUCACCUGUUCAUUCCAACUUAGCGUCUUAUCUAACAUUAGACGCAAUAACUUAACCGUUUUAACUAGUCGUUUGAUUUUUUCUGUGCCGAGAUAGAUUGGACAAUCUGCUUCUUUUAAAUUUAGCCUUUGAUAAGAUCCUAUAAUCAUAUAUUCUGUUUUCUUAGUAUUUAAACUGAGUUUAUUUACGGUAAGCCAGUCAGAUAGAUUUUUAGGUCAUUAUUAAAUGCGUUUGUAAUAGUAUUUAUUAUAUAAGUACCGAGAUUUAUUCAUUAAAAUAUCAUUGCGUAAUAAUUGUACGGAAUUUAGCCGCAGCCAAUCAGCGACGUGAACGAUGAAAUUUCACAAGUGAAACAAUAUCGUUCGUGCCGUUUGAUUGGACGAACGAUAAAGAGCUACUUCAAUUUGAAAAUCAAAAUGGCUGCGAGAUUUACGGUCGCCAGUUCUGUUGACAAUUUUAUUUCAGAAAAAGAAAAUAAAGCUACCUAGCAAAAAAACAGAACGAGAUGUAAUACUAUUACACUCCGACAGCAGAACUAAACGAGUACGUUUCUGAGUUUAUCAUUUCGGUCAGAACCAAAGACGGGAAAGAAACUAUACCCUCGUGCAAGAAUUAUCAACGAUUUAGCUUUGAGAAGAAAACAAGAAAAUCUCUCCAGUCAGAGGUUCAAAUUAAUAAUUCCACCAAAUAUUCUACGUUUUAAAUUAAUAAUAUUAAUUUAAUUAAAAACUUUGUCAUCGUGAAGGAAAUGUCAGUAGUUAUGUACUAUUUAAAGCACGCAUAAGAGUGUUUUAUCACAUAUAUAAAACACGACGCGUAGCGGAGUGUUUUAUAUGUGAUAAAACACGACUACAAGUGCUUUAAAUAGCUUCAAAAACGACUCAUCUUAUACAUGUUCAUUGGCGAAGUAAUUUUUAAAAUAAACUUUGUCUAAACCGAGAAAAUAAAAGCUAAAGUUUAUGUAAAUUAACGUGAUUUUUUAUCACAUGUAAAACCACGACACGCUUAUAAUUUUUCUUUGUGUUUCGCUCCUGAAUUAUUAAAGAGCUUUUGAAAUAUAUAUAACAAUUAACAAACAAACAAACAAACAAACAAACAACAUCAUGGUUGGUUCGCGAAUACCAUUUUUACUCGCUCGUGAAUUAUUAUAAGCUCACUCGUUUGCUUGUAACAAUCCACACGUGACUACAAAUCGUACGCGCUUACAAAACAUAAUUCAUGAAGUAAUCUCUAUAUUUAUGAUAUAUAGCCUGUCAGUGAUUUCUAGUAGUGCAGUUUGGAAUGACCAGGUCUGAAAUCAUGUUGGGAGGUGUACUAAGAUAAUAUAUAGGUUCUCAUCUUGUUAAUAUAAAUGAGAGUUGGUUAUGAGCAAUCUUUUCGAUUACUUUAGCAAUAAUUGAGAUCACAGAUAUUGAUCUAUAAUUAUUCACGUCCUGUUUGGGUCCAUUUUUGUAAAUUGGCGUCACUUUGUCACUCUGGUAUGUUCAUUAAUUUUCUGGUUCUAUUGGAAUAAGUCCAUAAGAAAUUUUAAUUAUACUGUGUUGGCAUCGGUUGAAUCCUUAGCAAGGUCAAUAUUAAUAUCUCCCAUCAUGAUACUUUCUUUGUCCUCGCGAUCAAUAUGUUGCAGUAGUUUUUCAAAUUCCUUGAGCUUCUCAGUAGCUGCGUUUGGUGCUCUAUACCAGGUUUACGUAUUUACAAUAGUAAGAGUUUCAAUUUCGUUGUUGUUCGGAGUAGUACUUUUUAUGGUCAUGACAAAUAGGUUACUGGUUAAUUGGCAUCUUCCUACAAAAUUCGUGGAUGAUACUUCAGCCCUCGAGAUUAUUCCUAGGGACUCUAUCAGCCUCCUUAAUUUUGCAGUCUCUGAUAUACAAAAGUACUCGUUAAUUCAGUUUUUUGUAACUGCAAGAGAGUUCUAAUAAACUAUUAUUUCUGAUAUACAAAAGUACUCGUUAAUUCAGUUUUUUGUAACUGCAAGAGAGUUCUAAUAAACUAUUAUUAUUAUUAUUAUUAUUAUUAUUAUUAUUAUUAUUAUUAUUAUUAUUAUUAUUAUUAUUAUUAUUAUUAUUAUUAUUAUUAUUAUUAUUAUUAUUAUUAUUAUUAUUAUUAUUAUUAUUAUUAUUAUUAUUAUUAUUAUAAUUUGGAUUAAAUAUCAUUCUACCUUCAACCAAAUUCCUUCAAUGCCAAACUGUUUCUCGGAAAGCCCUAAAGUCGUCGCCAAAUGAAGCAAUCAAUAACCUUUGGAAGGAUACUAGCAAUCACAAAAAUGUACAAUAUGACAAAUACAAAAACACCAAGGACGUAUUAAACACCAUCAGGGAACAACAUGAAGACAAGCUUCAACACCACCUCAUUUCACAAGGCUCAUUUUUCUCCAAUAUCAUUAAACAUUCUACACUCUCAUUCAACUCUAUAUGGUCCUCCGUUCAGAGUAAACUUCCCAAGAAUAUAUUUAACUUCACUAUCCGGUAUAUAAAUAACACUCUUCCGACUCGUAAAAACCUUCUGAAAUGGGGAAUAUCACCAACAUCCGAAUGUUCGUUUUGUUUGAAUCCAGAAUCACUUCUUCACGUCGUCGCUGGAUGCAAGACCUACCUAAAUGAAGGACGUUUCACGUGGCGUCAUGAUUCGGUGCUUAACUUCAUAGCAUCCAUACUUAAAUCUGUGAACCAUUGUAACCUUUAUGCUGACCUUCCUGGCUAUAUCAGUCCAUCUGUUAUCACCGGAGAUGAAGUGCGCCCUGAUCUUUUGAUAACACUUGAAAACAAAUGUAUUUAUAUACUUGAACUUACCGUCGGAUUUGAAUCUAAUCUCCUCACUAAUGCAACUCGAAAAAGACAAAAAUAUCAAGAUCUAAUUAACGAACAGCUCAAAAAUUAUGAAAAAGUGAAAUUUGUAAAUUUAUCGAUUAGCUCAUUAGGAGUUUUCAGCCACCCGUCGCUAGAUUUCACCGAAAUGCUGAAAGAUCUAAAGUUUGAUGAACAAUGUAGAAAGUACUAUGUUCGGAAAAUUAUUAAUAUAUGUAUCAGGUCCUCGUAUUAUAUAUUCUGUAAGCGUAACAAAGAAUGGGAUAACCCACAACUAAUGUCAUACUAAUAUUGUUAUUAUGUAGAGUGUUAAUUCAAGUAGACACUGGUAAACUACCUGUAAAGAGAGGUUUAUCAUUGUAGUGUGUAUAUAUAUUAUUGAAAGUAAUAAAGUUUCCAUUAUUAUUAUUAUUACAAUCCGUACUUGACUACCACCAUAUCCCUGAUCAUAUAAAAUUUGUUAUAAAAAGUUUAUAUACUGAUUUUCAAACCUCGAUAAUUACCUCUGAAUUCCGCGCUCCUUUUAUGACAGUUGGCCGUGGCGUAUUGCAAGGAGAUUGCCUCAGUCCUCUUCUUUUUAACAUGUGCUUCAAUACAUUCGUUCAGCAUAUCAAAGCUGAAAAAUACCGUCAAUUUGGGUUUUCCUUCAAAUUACUAAAUCCCAUCCACUGGUUCCAGUUUGCUGAUGACGCGGCUGUAAUUACUGGCCAAGAAUCCGAAAACCAACAUCUAUUAAAUCGAUUUUCUAUCUGGUGCCAAUGGUCCGAUAUGAUUAUCCGAGUUGACAACCUUUGGCAUUAAAAAAGCCAUCUGUACCUUUGGCAUUAAAAAAGCCAUCACAAAAUCAGUUCAGUACUUGCCAAAACUCCUCAUCGGCAAUCAACUAAUACCAAAAAUCUCUAUUGGAGAAUCGUUUCAAUAUUUAGGACGUUACUUUGAUUUUCACAUGUCGAAUGAUAAUCAUAAAACUGAACUAACCACCCAACUUAAUGAACUAAUGACUGAUAUUGACUCAAAGCCACUACAUCCCAAAAAUAAACUGCUCCUCUACAGUCGCUACGUCUUGUCCAAGUUAGCCUGGCACUUCACCGUCGCAACACUCUCUAAAACAUGAGUUACUGAAAAUAUCGACUCUAUUGCCAACAAAUAUAUCCGCAGAUGGCUUGAUGUACCAAUAUCAGGAACACUAAGUACUGUCUUUCUAACAAAUAACAAAUUUGGCCUGAGUAUUUAUCCUCCAUCUGUAAAAUUUAUCCAGUGUCAAACAAUCCUCCGAAAAGCUUUAAAAUUUUCUCCUAAUGAAUCAACUAACGACCUGUGGAAAGCAACCAGUAACCAUACUAAUAUCCAAUAUGACGCUUAUAGCUCUGCUAAGGAAGUUCUCUUAUGUAGCGGUAUAUUGUUCCAGAGUUUGUUUUUAAUAUUUAACUGUACAUAUCAACAAACAUUUAGACACUUUUUUAAUUACACCCAAGGAACAGAUUAUUUAAUAUAGCAGGGCCUUUUUUAAGGAUUUUCCCGUGGGGGGGGGGCAUUUUUUGAAAAGGGACCUUUCUGUGAGAUAAUAUAUUAGAGGGGGAUAGCAAUGGCUGAAAGCCACGUGUGUGGCAAAUAUACCACGCAUGAAUGGGGGGUCUGGGGGUGUACUCCCCCAGAAAAUUUUUGAAAUUUGACUCCCGUAAAUGUCAUUUCCUGCAUUCUGAGCAUCCAAAUUUGCUCCAAAAUUUAUCCUAACUAUACUUUAUCCUAACUAUAUAAGGAAGAAACACACAAAGAGUAAAAAAAAGAUAACCAUCAUUUAUCAUUACUUAUUAGAGGAGGAUAGCAAUGGUCAGGUGUGUGGGGGUGUACUCCCCCAGAAAAUUUUUGAAAUUUGAACCACAGAAAUGCCAUUUCCUGCAUUCUGAGCAUCCAAAUUUGCUCUAAAAUUUAUGCUAACUAUAGUUGUAUUUGAAAUAAAAGAUGGAAAAAUGCACAAAAAGUAAAAAAGAAUAUUAACUGUAAUUUAUCAUUACUUAUUCGGAGGGAUAACCCAAGAAAAUUUUUGAAAUUUGAAACCGUGAAAUGCUAUUUCCUGCAUUCUGAGCAUCCAAAAAAUAAAAAAAAAUAUUAAAAAUAAUUUAUCAUGGCUUAGUGGUAAAAAAAGUAACAAUUUAAAUCGAUUUUGUUAAACAAGAACAAAGGAUAAAGCCUAAAAUUACUUUCCGUUUAUCUAUUUGUUAAUCUUCGCUGGAUUGUUUGUAUAAUUUUAGGAAAAAGGGCCUUUUCCUGGGGGGGGGCAAAAUGUGAUUUCGUGGGGGGGGGGGCACAAGGGGGGACUGGGGGGGGCAAAUGCCCCCCAGCUUGUAUGCUAAAAAGGCCCUGUAAUAUAGUCAUUGAUAACAAAAGAAUUAUUGUAUAAUAAUGAAAUGAUGAAUAAAGUUAUAUUAUUAUUGAUUAUUAUUAUUAUUAUUAUUAUUAUUUUUAUUAUUAUUAUUAUUAUCAUUCCACAUCCAUAUUCAACUCUUUAUGGUCAUCCGUUCAGAGCAAACUUCCGAAAAACAUUUUUAACUUCACCAUCCGAUAUAUCAAUAACACACUUCCAACACGAAAGAACCUAUCAAAAUGGGGACUAUCAUCAACAUCCGAUUGCUCUUUCUGCUCCUCACCUGAAACGUUGCUCCAUGUGAUUGCUGGAUGUAAGACAUAUUUAGACGAAGGCCGGUUUACAUGGCGACACGAUUCUGUUUUAAAUUUCCUCGCAUCCACUCUUACUGCUGUAAAAAAUUCCACACUUUACGCGGACAUUCCUGGUUUUAUGAAUCCAUCUGUUAUCACGGGAGAUCGUUUACGACCUGACCUUCUGCUGGUGACUGAAAACAGAUGUUUAUACAUCCUCGAGCUUACAGUCGGUUAUCAAUCCAAUCUGCAAGUUAACGCCAAUCGUAAGCAUCAAAAGUACCGUAAUCUAAUCAAUGAGCAGAAAGCAGAUUAUGAUAAAGUCAAUCGAUCUUCUGAAAUGGCCGAUCUUCUGAAAAUUUCGAUGGCAUGCUAA